ACCUCGCGGGCCGCUGCUUCGGGGCGCUAGAGACAACUCUGCUAAGGAGCCCUGAAGUGGCGAUGAGACAGCCCAACCGGAAGCGGAAGCUCAUUAUGGAGUCCAAAGAGCACACGACUCAGGAUGGGUGUUUGGGGCAAACUGGAGAAGAAAAGAAGCCCAGAGGUGGUGCCACAGUUUUAAGCCAAGAACCUUCUGUGACUACAGGGGAAACCUGGUCCUGGGAGCAGUACUUAAAAGAAUGGAGUGCUGUGGCCGCACCUGUUGAGCUGUUUUCCAAGGAUCAAUCCUUUCCAGAGCAUGAAAAUGGCUUUCAGGUGGGAAUGCGAUUAGAAGGCAUUGAUCCCCGACGUCCAUCUGUAUUCUGUGCGCUUUCUGUGGCUGAGGUGUGUGGUUACCGGCUGAGACUGCAUUUUGAUGGUUAUUUGAGCUGCUACGAUUUUUGGACCAAUGCUGGUUCUCCUGACAUUCACCCAGUGGGGUGGUGUGAAAAGACCAAGCAUGAAUUGCAUAUCCCUAAGGGUUAUAGAAAAGAUAAAAUUGUUUGGAUGGAUUACUUGAAGGCCUGUAGAUUGCAAAAUGCUCCUAAGAAAUUAUUCAGAAACAGAAGUCCAAAUGGGCCAGUGCCAAAGGAGCUUCAGGUCGGAAUGAAGCUGGAGGCAGUGGACAGAAGGAACCCUCACUUGGUAUGUGUGGCGACCAUUGCAGACAUUGUGGAAGACCGUCUACGAGUGCAUUUUGAUGACUGGGAUGAUGGCCUUGAUUACUGGUGUGAUGUUAACAGUCCUUAUAUCCAGCCAGUUGGUUGGUGUCAGGAGAAUGGAAGAACUCUGGUAGCACCCCAAGGUUAUCCCGAUCCAGAAAAGUUUUCCUGGACAGACUAUUUGGAAGCUACUCAAACAAACACGGUGCCUGCUGGAGUUUUUAACAUGAGGGCUCCACAUGGCUUUCUGCCAAACAUGAAGCUGGAGGCUGUGGACAAAAGAAACCCCCGGUUAAUUCGUGUCGCCACCAUUAUAGAUGUUGAUGAGUACAGAGUAAAGAUUCAUUUUGAUGGCUGGGACCAUAAAUACGACUACUGGAUGGACGCUGACAGCCCUGACAUUCACCCCAUUGGGUGGUGUGACGUGACAGGGCACCCGCUAGAAGUACCAUAUGGGGCACAUGACGUGAAAAUCCUUCCAGGUCAAGCUGUAUGUCCUACUCCUGGGUGCCGAGGGAUAGGCCAUAUCCGUGGCCCACGUUAUGCAGGACACCACAGUGCUUUCGGAUGCCCAUACUCAGACAUGAACUUGAAGAGGGAGGCAACACUUCAGGAUCGCCUGAGAGAACAAACAGGGACAAAUCUGGAAACAGAGUCUUCACAUUCCAAAUCAGAAAACCUCCACGAUUUGAAUUUCAAUGGAAAAUGUGAAAAGAUGAACAGUCAGUCCAGACUUGUACAGCAGGCAAAGUGUUUGAAAAUCAAAGGAAAAGAAGAAAUUGACUUGGAUAAUCUCUUCAGAGGGGCCACUUAA